UCCCUGCGUUGUUCCCUAAAAAAAAAACCCUUCCCUUCAUCGUCAAUCUAGCUUCUUCGUCGGUGAUUCUGGCCUCCUCGCCAGUCACCACCUAUUAGCUUGCUCAGCCGUUGGUUCCAAGGAAAAAUUUAGGUUUCUGGCGCCGGUGGUUUCAAGAAAGAAAGUUGCUCGCGUCCUAUUUUCCGUCAAUCUCUUCGUCGUGGCUAUUACUUUACCUUCAUUACUGUUGAAAAACUAUGCAAAUCACUGGAGUCAGACAAUAGUACAGGUGAUAAUGUUGUGAUUAAGGGUGGAGAUGAUUCAAAGGAAAGCUUAGAGUGCUCGAUAAAGAAGAUCCACUUCUUCUUAUAUAAUAUUCCUCCUCUAGGAAACGUUGAUGAGAAAGCUGCUAUUGAGAUGUGGAGUGCAGAUUAGUCCUAGCGCUGAAGACUUGGGGGAGACUUUAUGCUCCCUGAACUUUGCUAGUCACGUCAAGGGAAUCGAAUAUGGUCCAGCUUGCAAGCAGGCAGAUUUUUCUGAGCUUCUCAAGUAUAAGUAUCUGGCUAAGAAAUCAAAGCAUGAUGAAAAAGAAGCAAAGAAACUGCAGGAAAAUGUACAAUCUUUGCAGCUAAGACUUUCUGCCAGAGAGCAUAUCUGCAGAAAUCUCCAAGAGAAGGCCUAUACUCCGAGCAAUGCGCCUUAUGCCAGUGAGGAAAUUGAUGUGGUUCGUGAUCAAUGGGCUAAGUUUUUUACCAGCAAGUAUUCAUUAUUGGUCUGAACGCGCUUGAUUGAGUUGAUUUAGAUGUUAUAGAACAGUCUUUUAUAUUAAAAUAUAUGCGUGCGUUGAAAUUGGAACAUAUAUUUAAAUGUUGUACGUGCACUUUGCUUUUGGGAUAUUUAUAUAUAUGUAUACAAAACACCAGUUAUUGUU